ACCUCUGGACUUGCUUUUCCCUGCUCAGUCUUCCUCACUCCAUCGCGGCUGACGGUAGUCUGUUCACAGGCAGCUGUAAACUUUUCAAGGAUUAAGACAACUACUGUUGGCUGGUGACACUAGUCAUCACCAGCAACUAUCACUUGUUUAAGCUAAACAAACUGAACUGAUCAAGUCAAGGACAACCAGUAACUACUCUACAAUGACUGACAUGAUUUUGCACGGUAUGGGACCUUCUCCUAGUGCAGACUUAGUUGGCUCGAUUCUUGGCGUCGAAGAGGAGGACAAUGACUUCAAGCAACAGCGGUCGACUCUCCGCAAAACCAAUUCCAGCCGUAUGGUCACGCCUGAAACUAGGAACGGCUCGCAUUCCAAAAGUCAAGAAGAUUCGGUUGCCAAGGAUCCCCCUAUGCAAAUCGUUUGGCGAAAUGUAUUGAUUUUUAUCUAUCUUCAUGCUGCUGCCUUGUACGGAUUCUAUCUCUGUUUCACGGCAGCCAAACCGUCAACUCUUGCUUGGUCGUUCUUCUUGUUUUUGUUUGGUGGUUUUGGCAUUACGGGUGGAGCUCACAGACUUUGGGCUCACCGUUGUUACAAAGCAAAACUGCCGCUGCGUAUCUUUGCUGCUAUUGCUCAAACAAUUGCUGUUCAGAAUGAUAUUUACGAGUGGAGCAGAGACCAUCGUGUUCAUCAUAAAUUUAGCGAAACUGAUGCUGACCCACAUAACGCUCGCCGUGGUUUCUUUUUUGCUCAUGUCGGCUGGCUUUUGUGCAAAAAACAUCCCGAAGUCAUUCGACGUGGAAAAACUGUCGACGUGAGCGACCUCUUGCAAGAUCCCGUCGUCGUUUUCCAGCGAAAGUAUUACAUUCCAUUGGUCUUGACCCUCUGUUUCACCAUGCCAGCACUUGUGCCCUGGUACUAUUGGGGCGAGUCGUUCAAAACGGCCUUUUUCGUCGCCUCGAUCUUUCGUUAUGUGUUCACGCUCAACGUCACCUGGCUGGUAAACAGUGCAGCCCACAUUUGGGGUAAUCAUCCGUACGACAAAGGAAUCAAUCCUGCCGAAAAUCGAGUAGUGGCCUUCCUCACCUCAGGUGAAGGUUGGCACAACUAUCAUCACGUCUUCCCAUGGGACUACAAAGCAGCGGAACUGGGAAAUUACAGCAUGAACAUGACUACAGCUGCAAUUGAUUUCUUUGCUUGGCUUGGUCUGGCUUAUGACCUCAAAAGUGUGCCAGAAAGGAUUGUUCGCAGUCGUGUUCAUCGCACAGGAGAUGGUUCUCAUCCCUAUGCUUUAGAAGAUAGCCAAUUUACAGAGGAUGAUAUUAAAGAAGAGCAAGCGUUUUGUGAAAUUAUUCCCGAAGACACGAAAAAUUAGCGGGAAAUUGGUUUUUUUUUUUCUUUUCCUCAUCACUUGGCGCUCACUUGUUGGUUCUUAGUAGGUGCUUUAUGCCUAUUUUUGGAACGAUGGAGAAUUAGGGUCUGUUUCGACUAGCUCUCCAAAGUUUGUUUAGAAAUAUUGAAUCUUUACCUUCACGGAUACUAAAGCUGCACUGCUCAAAGGUCUAAACAAAAAAGAUACAAAUUUUCCAUCGAUUGGAACGUAACUUUUACUUGUAAUUUGCUCUAGAAGAAGAGAAAAAAAAAACUCAACUGUUUGUAUGUCACAGGUUUUAUUUCCAAAUAGAUCGCAAACCUUAUUCAAAGCUUUUUUUUUUUUUUGCAAUUUUUCGGAAUAAAGACUCGCGUAAAAUCCAAGUUCUAUUUGUGUUUACCCUACAAUUCCUUUCAUCUUACUUCUUGUCCAUCACCAAACUCUAUAUAAUUGAAUCCUCGUGCUCAUUUGUCAGGGUGACGCACACUGGAUAAAAAGUGAAUCUGUGAACACAAGAAAAUACAAUUAAUUUCAUGUCAA